AUGUACAAUGCUGGUGAUUCUCAGGCUGAGCGCAGUUGUUCUAUCAUCAAACCACCAUCGUCAUACAACGAAGGACAGGAACGACAUCAAAAUUCUGAUGACUGUGCCAUCACUAAAUCCCCUCUUUCUAAAAACGAAGAGCAAAGGAAACACAUUUUGCCCCCGGAUUCAUCUACCUCAACAGAGGAGGCUGAUGGAAAGACUGGACACGAGCGACCCUCAGAGAAAAAGCGAAAGCGCAAACACUCUCGAAAAAAUUCCAAAUCUCUCAGACAUUCUAAACGGUCAAAGCUAUCUGACCCUCAAUAUAAGGACGGAGAAGAUAAAGUUAAUGCCUCCAGAAUAAGAGAUAAAAUUCCCAAAGACCUUAGUGUUCGGCACGAGUCGACACAGAAGAAGGAGCUCAGAGGCGGUAAAAAACGUUUCAAGUCAAAACGAUUCAAGAAAAUUAUGUUGUCGGAAUUAGCGCCGCACCAGGUCAGAGUGACAUCGUGGAUGGUGAAGAGAGAGAGAGAGCCAUUGAGACAAGCUUGCGGAGGGAUUAUAGCUUAUGAAAUGGGGCUCGGAAAAACCGUCAUGAGCUUGGCAUGCAUUGCUGCUCAUAGACUCAGGAAGAAAGAGAGAAAGAUUUCAUGCCAGGCGACACUUGUUAUAGUGCCUAGCAGCACGUUGGCCACUCAGUGGCUCGGGGAAGCUGAGAAACACUGGCAUGCAGAUGCGAGCUCGCGUGUGGCUAUAUAUAACUCAGCUAAUCGCGGAUUGAAGUUUGCAAAGCAACUGAUAGUUCUCGCUACAUAUUCCCAAUUGCGACACGAAUUCCCCAAGAAAGAACAAAUGAAGAUCCUGGAAAGCCAACACGGAGACGAUAAUGAGGCUUAUGCACAGGAAUUCAAGAAUAAAGCCGGGCUCUUGUUCCAAAUAAAUUGGUUUAGAGUGAUUUUAGAUGAAGCCCAUUCCAUCACUCGCUGGGCUGGACGCACUUUCCAAGCAUGUUGUGCCAUCAAAGCACAGCACCGAUGGGCUCUGACAGGCACUCCCGUCUCAAAUAAUGUUCUGGAAUUCUACCCAUAUGCAGUAUUUACCAAGUGUGAUUUCAUUGGAAGUCGGCGAUUAUUUCAGAAAGAGUAUAUUGACAAGGGGCUAACAACAGACGAUUUCGACACCCCUCUGAGCUAUUUGAUGUAUCGCGGAACUGCAGAUAAGUCGCUCAACAUCCCUGAAACGGUACUUCAAGAUAUAUCUGUCACAACUUCACAGGAGGAGGAGGUAUUAUGCAGGUACCAUAUAAGCGAAUACAAGGAAGCGAAAGAAAAAGCGGCGAUGCCCAUUUAUGAGCGCGAACAAGAUGAAAAUGAGACACGCAAAGUUGAACCAACAAAGAAGCGUCUCUGGAGACCAAUCGAAGCAACAAAGCAGUUGCGUAUUCGGCAAGCUUUGUCUCAUCCAUAUUGCUUGGAAAACUUUUUGAUGGGCAGCGAGUAUCUCGACGUGCAAGAAGUCAAAGAGUUAGUCGCGAGGCUUGAGGAAAUUCAAGGGAAGAAGUCUAUAAUUGAACAGCUCGAAGCGGAUGACGGUUGGAAAGCAAGUCUCGGCCAAUAUGACGUUGGUAUUGAUGCCCUCAAGGAUCGCGACGAGCCUGAUUUUGGAGGAGUUUUCGACAUGAGCAAGAUUCUGGACAUGGUUCUUCUACAACAUGCCCUUCAAGAAUCAGAAUGUGGAAAAAAUAACUGCUCGUCUCAAGAUCUCGUUCGUUUCAAAUGCGGCCACAUAUACUGCCGCGCGUGCCUGUUCGAACUAAUGGUCCAGUCCAGCAACCAGUUGGACGGACAGCGAACCAGCACCCUCAAGUGUUCGGUUAGUAGUUGUGGCCAAGAUCUGCUAGGUCGCCAACCCGUGGUAACUUUGGAGAUGAUGGCUGCCAAGGCCAUCAAAAAUAAAACUUCUGUUGAGCUGGGAAAAGAUGUACUCAAUAAUACAGUCCAGCCGAGAACUGAAGAGCCAUUAUUCUUCAUGGCCGACUCGAGUGGUCCACGAUUCAUCCCCCCUCCAAGUACGCGGGUUACGGCGACGAUGGCCGUCGCUAUGACUUGGCUCUCUGAAGCUCCCGAAGAUAAAAUGAUUAUCUUUACCCAGUUCAUUCCCACUUUAAAGAUUUUGGGAUAUUUUUUUCUUUAUUUAUGUGUAAGGUUUAUUUAUUUCUCCGGCACUCUGUCAAAACAGCAGCAAGAACAAGCGAUAAACGCAUUCCGGACCGAUCCAACUGUGAUGAUUAUGAUUUCUACCUUGAAAAGCGGUGGCCAGGCACACAACCUCACCGUUGCGAAUCGCGUCAUUCUCGUCGAACCUUGGUGGAACAAGACGGCAGAAAAGCAGGCCAUAGGCCGCGUCGUGCGAAUGGGCCAAAAGAAGAAGACUUACGCCGUGCGCAUCAUAACGAACCAUCGCGUAGACGAUCGUGUUCUCCAUUUGCAGAGAACCAAGGAGAUAACUGUGGCACGAAUGCUGCAGGAUGAUGGACAUGAACGUUUUCAUGUUGACGACAAGCGUCUCGCAGAUCUCUUUAAGCCGAAGGUUAUGGAAGAGAAGAAAAAGGAAAAGAAGAGCAAGAAAGAGUCUUUAACUUUCGAGUGA